AUGGAGUCUUUGGAAGAGGCUCCCGGAUCUCCACACUCAACUAGAAGCCAGGUUUUCGAUAAACGGCGCUCGAUGAGACUCGGCUUUACUCCACGAACAGCGACCGUGCGGCAAGUAUACAGCACACCACACCUACGAGAUAGCUUCAUCCACAAAUUGCGGCACCUGCGGCGAGGCAAGAAUCUUGAGGAAGACGGCGGGUCUUUGAAAUGUGUGUGCGAGGCGACCACCGCGGCGCAGUCAGCCACGCCCGAUCAUAGCGUCCAUGGGAGAGCCUUGAAGGUAGUCAGCUGCAUCAUCAACCUUGGGCGUCAGCCAGAGACAUUUGGCCAUGAAAAUCUUUUCCGCGGCGGAGCGCCUGACAACAACGAGGCAACCAGCGAUGAUGUUGUUGCGCAUGAACGUGGCCUUGCGCACCAAGACGGCGGAGUCGGGGUUGUAAGCAAUCGGCGCCUUGAAACGGCCGUCGCGCAUCGCCGCAGUGCACCAACUCCGAAAGAUCCAACUAAGCGGCAGACUACAUAUAUUGCACCAGGGAACUUUGCAUCGAGCAAAAACGAAUUUGUCGAGCAGAGCAAGAUGAACGACAAUAUGGCACCUGAGCUAGGAGCGACGAUGGUGGAUCUACGAUCGGACCUUGAAUGGCUCGACGCUGGAACGUCUCUGCACCGCGACUUUAGUGUACGAAAUGGAGCCUACCAUGGAGAGAAUAUCCAGAAUCACCGCGACAGUACUUUAUCGAUACAAGAAGAAUUCGAGAGGGGGACCUUCGCGACCAGCUCAAAUCUGAGAUACAACCAAGACAUGGAAGGCUUGCAGGCUCUUGAUUCACUGCCAGAACUCGACCGAGAAUACCAAUCUUCGGACAGUGGACACAGCAACUCGGACGACCUCAUGGCAAAGCAUUUGACGCCAGCUGAAUCAAUGCGUGACCUACUGCCAAAAGACAUGGCCGGCAGAUUUGGGAGCUUCUACAGCGUCUCUAACGACGCGAAAGAGCCCCGACUGAAUAUUUUGCCAGAUGAAAUGGACUGGACAUACACUCUUUCGGGAACACAAGUAUCGAGAUUCUCCUGGGGUUCAUCAGUCUACUCGGACGCUGGCGAAGACUCAGUGGAGCCGGACCAUGUGUGGUGGAAGCCCAGGCCGCUCGUAGUCAACAAGGAGAUCGGAUCGCCGCCUCCAAUACCCGAAAGAAAUCCACUUCGACUGAUGCAGAGACUGAGCAAUGGGUUCCCGAAAAGCUUUGGUGAGAACAUGCGGCGGUCGAGGAAUAUACACAAUCUACACCUCGACCUGAACGCACCCAGCAAGAGUAGCAAAACGAACUCGUGGAGGACUCCGGGCUCUUCCAAGAACCGGUCACAGGUGCCGAGCUCGAAGCAGACACCGAACCCCAAUAGUGGAGUGGCUCUUCAGCCUAGUUCGGCUCUGCCGGGUCAUAUCCUCGAAGCCAUGCGCAGCACUCCACAGAGUACCGAAGCGAUGAGGAGGCCUAGGGACAGGAAGAAGGGUCGAAAAAGUGGUAGGACAAGCGAGAAAACGACAAAGCACUCAUCCACUGGAAUUCCAGACCGCCAUGCAAAACAGCCGAUGGAAGCUCGCGGACAUCUCAGAUCGAAAAGCGAGCCAUUUCCCGCCAGUGGGGCGAACAAGAGUCUCCCAUCCAAAUGGAAUGAGUCGAUGCCGUCAGAAGGCUGCAUAAGACGAACAUGCAUCACAGGCCUCGCGAACGAGGUCAAGCCACGGCGGUCGGUUCCCAAUCUUGCGAUCAACAAGCAAUUGCCGCCCUUGCCCGUAACAAACGAGUCGUGA